GCCAACAAGUAAAGACAGAAACGCCACACUGCUCAGUGUUGGCCGUAUGCUUCGAUGCACUGAUUUUCCGGCGUAUGUUGCAAGUGUGUAGGUUAUCCCGUUGCUGGCAUACUGGCGUAAUUGAGUACACGUUGGAUUGUUUGACGGUGGUUGCUGCGAGUUAUUGACGCGUCUGACCGGAGGAAUUGGUUGCUCUCGAUUGCAGAAAAUGGUCGCGGUGAAAGGUCGCAAGAAUUCGAACAAAAAUCUCCCUAUAUUCAGUCAUGAAUUCAUCAUCCAAAAUCACGGAGAUAUUGUUUCUUGCGUGGCGAUGAUCUUUGUGACAGGUUUGAUGGUGCAAACAACAUCACCAUGGGCAUAUACGUUUAUUGCUCUCCAUCACAAUGUAACUUCAGAUGUUGGAGAUCCAGCUGCGCCAAUGAAGUACACCACUGGUUGGAAAGAUGCAUGUGCUGUAUUUUUCUCUCUGUUAAUAACAAUUGUAAUGCACGCUGUGUUUCAAGAUUACAUCUUUGACAAAGUUUCAAAGCGAUUGCAUCUUAGCAAAGUGAAACUUGCCAAAUUCAACGAAUCUAGUCAACUCGUUUUAUUUUACAUAUUGUCUAUUAUAUGGGGCAUAGACAUAAUUAUCAGAGAAGAUUUGUUGUUGAACAUAACGUUGUUGUGGAAGGAAUAUCCCAUGCCAAUGUCCUUUUCGUCAAAAUUGUUUUUUAUUUGUCAGCUUGCUUAUUGGCUGCAUUGUUAUCCUGAACUGUAUUUUCAGCGAGUGAAAAAAGAAGAUAUUGCUCCUCGAGUUGUGCAAGCAACUCUUGGAUUUCUUUCCACACUUGCGGCUUAUAUUUUCAAUUUUCAGCAAGCAGGAAUCUUAUUGUUAGUUCCACAUUACAUAGGAGACGCUAUGCUUCAUGGAGCUAGACUUGUACAUUUUAUUGGUAAAAAGGAAAAGAUGACAAAAAUGGCGUUCCUCGUUGCUAAUUCAGUGUACGUUUCUGUACGCGUUGCGACAGUGGCUAUUGCAGCAUUAGUGUUUCUAUAUGGUUUGAGCCAAGUCGAAAGUGUAUUCGAUUUUGCGACUGGCAAUUUCAAUAUUCCAGUUAUACGAUUUACAGCUUUAUCCUACAUUAUCAUCUUCCAAAUCUAUCUAUCUUACAUAUUUGUUUCGAGGCAAAUGAAACGCGCCCGUGAAAAUGUAGUUCACGUACAAACGGUGGUAAAAUCAAAACAAAAAUCAAAGAAGAAAGAAGGAAGAAAGUCCGCCAUGUCUGAGGAUGAUGAUUUGCCAGAAGUCGACCAGGCAACUAAGAAAAAUCUUAGAUCUCGUUCGUCUACAAAAGCUAAAUAAAUAUUUAGCAAAUUAAAAAAUUUAUCUAAGGCUGAUCGUACACAAGUAUCUGUUUUAUUUAUCUAUGUAUUAUAAAUACGGUCUCUGAUAUUACUAUUUAUGAAAAGUGUCAUUACAUUAAUAUUUUAUAUCAAUUGUCAUGCGAUUUUAUCAUUAUAUAUUUCGCGAUUGCGACAAGUAUACAUGAACUUUACUCUACUGAAGAAACAACUAAGAUGUUGAAGAAUGAAUUUUAUUAUUAUUUUACAUGUUCAGUUAUAAAAAUAAAACCAUAAAAAAAUUGAAAAUAUCAGAUUAUCACAUUGAUUAUUAUGUCAGACAUUGUCAAUGAACAAAUUUCCGUUAUUUACAUCUGUUUGAUCAAUGAUAACUAUGAAUGUGAGAUGAGUGUAUUAACGAUAAUUAUCAUACGAUUACUUAUAUUUGUAACAUUAUCGCUAUACUUGAACACAAUUUCAAAAAAUAUAAUAAAAGAAUAUAAAAUGC